GGGCCCUUUCCCAGCUCAAAGAUGACCAGUCGGUUGUACGACAGCAUCGAGCCCAACGUCAUCGACAGCGAGAUGCUCCAGAAGGCGGUGGAGGAGCAAGGGCCCAAAGAAGAAGCCGGCCAGCUGGCCAAGAGAGAAGGCAUCAAUUUCAAAGACGUCAAGGAGCUGCAGCUCGAUUUCAGAAAUAUCUUGAAGAUUGACAAUCUCUGGCAGUUCCCCAAUCUGACCAAGCUGCAGCUGGACAACAACAUCAUCGAGAAGAUCGAGGCGCUGGACAGCCUGGUUCAUCUGGUCUGGCUGGAUCUGUCCUUCAACAACAUUGAAGUCAUCGAAGGCCUUGACGCUCUAGUAAACUUGAAAGACCUCAGCUUGUUCAACAACAGGAUCUCCAAGAUCGAGAACCUGGAUGCCCUGGAGCAGCUGCAGAUAUUCUCGAUCGGGAACAACAACAUCGGGGCCCUAGAAAACCUGGUCUACCUUAGGAAGUUCAAACACCUGCGCACUUUGAACCUCACGGGGAAUCCGGUGUGUGAGAAUGAGGCGUACGCCACGUACAUUGCAGCGUACCUACCAGACCUCGUGUACCUGGAUUUUAGAAUGGUGGAAGACAGCACGAGGGAGAUCGCCUUCAUCAAAUACCAGUACGCCAUCGAAGAGAUGAAACAAGGGGAAUCGGUGGCCCUGGCCAAGCAAGAGGCUGAGGCGGCCCAGCAGAAGGAGCUGGACUAUCACAAGUCGGCUUACGUGGAGUAUCUCAAUGGCUCCUUCCUCUUCGACAGUAUGUACGCUGAAGACCUCGAGGCUGCCAAACUGGAGUACCUCCCCGGAGUGCCGGAACUGCUGGAGACUUACAAGGGCAAAUUCGUCGCAAUUUGCGAGACCCUCUUCGAGUACGGCCUGCAGCAGCACGAGAAGCGGAAGGCCGAGGUGGCGCUCUUCUACGAGUGCCUCCACGAAGCUCUGGAGGAAAACCGCGAGCAGGGCAGCCAGAUCAUGGCCGACUUCGACGAGAAGCACCGCCUGGCGCUGGAUGCAAUUCAGAACGCCAGCGAGACUGAGAUUUUGGAGGCCAGGCUCAGGGAGUACAACGACGACAUCGUGAAGCUCUCCGAAACGCUGAUGACUCUGGAGAUGCAGCUGGUUGACCAGCUAGAGGAAGUCAUAAAAGAUUUCGAACGGAACAUUUCUGACCUGGUCUCCACCUUCAUAGAAAACGAGCAAGGGCUGAUGGCGCAGUGCCGGGAUCUUGAGAACCACCACCACGAGAAGCUUCUCGAAAUAUCCAUCAACACGUUGGAGAAACUUGUAAAAAGCGAGUUUGAGGAAGACUUGCCAGAUGAAGUUCGGCUGCUCUUUGUGGACAAGGACACCAUCGUCAACGCCGUCAACGCCUCACAUGACAUCCACCUUCUGAAGAUCGACAACCGGGAAGACGAGAUCAUCACCAAGGCCAACAGCUGGGCUUCCGUCCUGAUACAGUCAGUUCACAAAAGCGAGGUGACGAGAAACCGCAACCGCGUGAAGGAGAUCAACCAGUUCAUUGAUCACCUCCACAGCGAGCUGGAAACCAUGGAUUACCUCGAGGUGUAGCUGGCUCCCGACGAUGCCGUUAACCGCCGCUUCCCUGGUUUCGGAGACAGCGCCCUCCAGUAGCUGGCAAAGGAACAAGCUGGAAGGCCUUAUUUCACAACCGCCUGAAAAACACUCCUCCCCUGAAGAAAGGAGAGACUUCGCCCAAUGGAAGGAGGCAGGAGAGAACCCCCAAAGCUUUUAAUGAACAAAAUUAAUACAUUUAAAAAUAAUAAUUAAAAA